AUGUUCUAUUGUCUUCUUCGCUUUGCUCAUUGCUCUCUGGUUCUUUAAUUUUCCUAUUAUUUCGCAACAUCUAAUUUUUUCAGCAAAAGAAAAUGCCAAUCGCUAACGAUAUCGUUGGAAAAUGGAACUUCGUCUCAUCUGAGAACUUCGACGAAUACUUGAAGGCAGUCGGUGUUGGAUGGGCUGUCAGAACUAUUGCCACCAAGACCAAGCCAACUCUCGAUUUCGUCAUCGAAGGAGAUGAGUGGAGAAUGACAUCAACAUCCACUUUCAAGACUUUCACUUUGAAGUUCAAACUUGGAGUGCCAUUCGAUGACAAAACCGCCGAUGGCCGUGAUGUAAGUUGUUUUUUUAAGCUCUCAAUUACAUGACACUUUUCAGACCGGAAACGUCGUGACUGUCGAAAACGACCGUCUUAUCCACGUUGAAACUGGAAAGAAUGGAGGAGCCGACUCUCGCAUUGAACGCUACAUCGAGAACGGAAAACUUAUCAUCGUAUGUUUUGUUUAUUUUGAAAAUAUCAAAUUACUUUAUGAUUUAUUUACAGGUUUGCUCAUCUGGAAGUGCCAAGUCAACCCGUGUCUACGAAAAAGCUGCCUAA